CUCUCAAGAGCACUGUUCGUCAAAGCUGGGCCCUCUUCAAGCUCUCUCUGUCUCUCUCUCAGCAGCUCAUUUCCAGUUUAUCCAUCUUCAUCUUCAUCGUUGUCUUCUCUCCUUUCCGCUUCUAAGCUCUCAGGCAAUCGAUCGCAGCCGAGACGACCUCCAAUUAAUCCUUUUCAAUCCCAGCAUCGAUCGCGAUUAACCAGAACGGUUGGUUCUUUUGCAUGGAGUUUACUUCACAAGGUGUGGCUUCCUCAAUUGAAUUAGAAAUGAUUUAGUUUGACUUCUCUUUUAGACUGCACGUGACGAUAUCUUAGUCCAUGGCUCGGAAGGGAAAUCAACCGAAGAAUGGUGUUGCUCACCAUUCAUCAAAUCACAAGAAAAGGGUUACGGAUUCAGGGUGUGCACAGCCAGGUACAAAAGGAAGGACAAAAGCAGCUGAGGUGAAGGAUGGUUCUGGGGAGGAGCUUUCAAAUGGUAGUCACUCGAGAAAUCCUUCAAUUAACUGUGUGAAUAAGGCUGAAUGUGUUGGAGAUGUGAAAAAAGGCAAGCAGGAGUCCCAUAGAUUUCCACAAAAUGCACAGCGCAGUGUGGGUGCAAUGGAAGAUGUAGAUGAAAUGCUGCCUAAUGGGAGUAAUUUGGAUGAUUGUGUUGAAAGCACACACAAUACGGGAGCUUCUGGGACAGAUGAAGAAAAUCGUACAUUAUCUAGUAAUGGUCAUGGUAAAAAAUAUGCAAAAAAAAGUUUCGGGUGCUGUGUAAAUGGAUUGCACACAGAAAAUGGCAUGGAAAACUUGAAUUUUUCUGAUCCAGUGGAGGGUAGAAACUUGAGGAGUUCAACUCUUUCUGCUUUGAAGGCAGCUAGUGAAUGGCUAGAUACUGUGGUGAGUGGAAACUUGAGGACAACAGUCUUGUUCAUUUUGGAGGCGGCUGGGGAUUGGUUAGAGAGGCGGAAACCAUUGUUCUCUACUUUGUCGAGCAACAUAUUGAAAGCUUAUGAUUAUGCUCGAGUGAAGAUGGAGCACAUUUAUCCCAUAAUUUUAAGAUGGUUCAUGCAUUUUGGGAACAUAAUACUUCUUCUAUCAAUGGUUUGGUUGGACUGUUCUCUUAGGGGCAUUGAUUCCUUUUUACGUAUGGGGACUACAUCUUUUUUCUCGGUUAUAUGGUGCAGCAUUUUCUCAGUUAUUGCAAUGAUUGGGAUUUCCAAGUUUCUUUUGGUCUUGGUCAUAGCUGCUCUGAUUGGGGUUUUCAUUGGGCUCACUCUUGCAAUUUUCAUCGUUGCUAUUUCGGGGACUAUCUUGCUAUGGUUUUAUGGAAGCUUUUUAACAACAAUGCUGGUCACAUUCAUUGGAGGGUUGGCAUUUGCGCUGAACCAUGAACGCCUUGCAUUAUUAGUCACCACUGUGUAUUCUGUGUAUUGUGCUUGGACGUAUGUAGGAUGGAUUGGUUUGCUUUUGGGUUUGAAUUUAUCUUUUGUCUCAAGUGACGUGCUGAUAUAUUUCCUAAAGAACAACAUAAGUGAGCAUAGAAGACCUAAUAGGGCCCCUGAACAAAAGGCUGGAAUGCGAGACCAAGCAGGGUUCUAUAAUGAGCAAGUGCAUGCUUCCUCAGAAGCUGGUCCUGGGCACUCACAAGAUCGUAGUCCAGGAGUGCCUUCAACCAGUGGGGCUGAUUCGGAGAUAACAUCUGAAGAUGAAGUUAUUCGGUUGUUGAAUUGUACUGAUCACUACUCGGCAUUGGGUUUGCCUCGAUUUGUAGAUGUUGAUGUCUCUUUACUCAAGCGGGAAUAUAAGAAAAAGGCGAUGCUGGUGCAUCCUGAUAAAAAUAUGGGUAAUGAAAAGGCUGCAGAAGCGUUUAAGAAACUUCAAAAUGCAUAUGAGGUUUUACUUGAUUCUUUUAAACGGAAAGCAUAUGAUGAUGAGUUAAGAAGGGAGGAGCUGCUGAACUGUUUCCGCCGGUUUCAAACUGCUUCUCAAAAGAAUGUUGGACAUGGUUUCUUUGGCUCUGGAUUCACACACACUGGGGGUGACAGUGAGGACCUGCUCGGGGAGUCGAGGCGAAUAACAUGCAAAAAAUGUGGCAACUUUCAUAUCUGGGUUCACAUUAAUAAAUCAAAAUCACGAGCAAGAUGGUGCCAGGAUUGCAAAGAUUUUCACCAAGCUAAAGAUGGAGAUGGGUGGGUCGAACAGUCUUCCCAACCCUUCUUUUUUGGAUUAUUACAAAAGGUGGAUGUUCCCUCUGCAUAUGUUUGUGCUGAAAGCAAAAUAUAUGAUGCAACUGAGUGGUAUAUCUGUCAGGGAAUGAGAUGUCCAGCCAACACUCAUAAGCCAAGUUUCCAUGUGAAUACCAGUAUAACCUCCAAGCAUAAUAAUGGAAAGGGAACCAGUUCUGGUCACCGAGGAGGUGGGGUGCCCACCUAUGCUGAAGAGAGCAUGACAGAGGAGGAGCUCUUUGAGUGGUUACAGAAUGCAAUGCAGGCAGGCAUGUUUGAGACGUCUGGUGGCAGUACAUCUACCAGGAGCCCACAUGCCAAAGCUGAAAAUCGCCCCAAGAGUGGUGGAAGCAAUAGUGGCAGCAGCAGCAAGAGAAAGAAAAAGGGUAAGAGGCAAUGGUGAGCACCCAUGUUAUUUAGGUAAGCUUUCUGAGCCGGUAAAGAGAGAGCUCAUAAACUUGAACCAAGGGCUGAAGGUCAUUUUUAAAAAAUGAAGGCCCCAGGGAAAUUUUGCCCCAUUUCAAGUUGUACACCACUAUAAAUGGAAGCACCUUAAGCCGCCUUCCUGUGGGGUUGUAUAGUUCCUUCCCUAUUUUUGUGGUAAAUUAGCCCCUAAACCUGUGAUAAAUUUGAAAUACAUAGCCAGCAAUAUAUGGCAGUUUAACUUU